AUGGCUGUGAUGACUCCUCCCCCUACGUUGGACCAGGAGGAGGAUAUGAUGUCUGUUCCGAAUUCAGAGUUUGCUGAUCUGGAUCCUCAACCAAUGGCCAUGAAAGUCGUACCAGCAGAAGAAGCCGUUAGUACUAAAGAGCCCGUUGAGGAGGAUCCUCCAUCUUCUUUGAAAUAUACCUGGAAGAUUGAGAAUUUUUCUACGCUGAACACUAAGAAACAUUACUCUGAUGUUUUCACUAUUGGUACUUACCAAUGGCAUGUGGUGAUCUUUCCCAAGGGAAACAAUGGAAAUCACAUAUCUAUGUUCCUUUCUGUUGCGGGUAUUGAUAGUUUGCCAUAUGGGUGGAGUAGAUGUGCAGAGUUCAGUUUGGCAAUCGUCGAUCAAAUCAAUAACAACAGCAUAGUGAUAAAAGGAACACAACAGUUUACUGCACAACAAAGUGAUUGGGGUUACCCAAAGUUCAUGCCUCUUAGUGAACUCAACGACCCUGGUAAAGGUUAUCUCGUAGAUGAUACUUGUAUAGUUGAAGCAGAGGUUAAGAUCAUGGCGGACUUCUUGUCAUAUGAUUCUCGAAAAGCAACGGGUUAUGUUGGUCUCGAGAAUCAGGGAGCAACAUGUUAUAUGAACUCUCUUCUCCAGACUCUAUAUCAUAUUCCUUUUUUCAGGAAGGCUGUGUACCAUAUGCCAACAACGGAGAAUGAUUUGGAAUCAGGAAGCAGUAUCCCUUUGGCUCUGCAGACUUUGUUUUAUAAUCUGCAGUACAGUAAAGAUAGCGUUGAAACGAAGGAGCUCACUAAAUCUUUCGGAUGGAAUACAAGUGAGUCUUUCAUGCAACAUGAUGUGCAGGAACUUAAUAGGGUUCUGUGCGAAAAGCUAGAAGAUAAAAUGAAGGGAACUAAUGUGGAGGGUACGAUACAACACUUGUUCGAAGGUCACCAUAUGAAUUACAUUGAAUGCAUUAAUGUGGACUACAAGUCUACUAGAAAGGAGUCCUUUUAUGACAUUCAACUUGAUGUCAAAGGCUGUCAGGAUGUUUAUGCUUCUUUCGACAAAUAUGUGGAAGUAGAGCGUCUUGAAGGCGAUAACAAGUAUCAUGCUGAUGAACAGCAUGGUUUACAGGAUGCGAAGAAAGGCGUCCUUUUCACCGACUUCCCACCUGUUCUCCAGCUCCAGCUAAAACGGUAUGAAUACGAUAUUAUGCAGGACACUAUGGUAAAAAUAAAUGACCGGUAUGAAUUCCCCCUGCAAUUUGAUCUUGACAGGGAGGAUCACAAAUACUUAUCUCCGGAUGCUGAUAAGAGUGUUCGCAAUCUAUACACACUUCAUGCUGUUUUGGUUCACAGUGGUGGGGGACACCGCGGACACUACUAUUCUUUUAUAAGACCAACAGUCUCAGAGCAAUGGUUCAAAUUCAAUGAUGAGUGGGUUACAAAAGAAGAUAUCAACCGGGUAUUAGAGGAGCAGUACGGUGGGGUGGCAAGAUAUUCAAAUGCAUAUAUGCUCGUGUACAUACGUGAAGGUGAUAGGGAUGAUAUUUUUUGUAGCGUGGAGGAGAAGGACAUUGCUGAACACCUGAGGAUUAGGUUAAAGAAAGAACAAGAAGAAAAGGAGCAUAAGAAAAAGGAAAAGGCAGAGGCUCACCUGUAUACUACUAUUAAGGUUGCUCGAGAUGAGGACCUUUUGAAACAAAUCGGGAGAGAUAUGUAUUUUGAUCUUGUUGAUCACGACAAAGUUUUAAGUUUUCGUAUCAAGAAACAGAUGCCUUUUAACCAAUUCAAGGAGGAGGUUGCUAAAGAGUUUGGUGUACCUGUGCAAUUUCAGCGGUUUUGGCUAUGGAUAAAGCAUCCAGAUGAAACUUAUCGUCCAUACCGACCAUUAACUCUUAAAGAGGAGACACAACCUAUUGAGAAGUUGAGAGAAUUUUCCAAUAAGCUGGCUGCUAAUCGGGUAUGGAAUUACCAAGACCUAAAGCUGUUUCUUGAAAUAGAACUUGGGCCGGAGUUACAUCCCAUUACUCCUCCUUGUUAUAAUAUCAAAGAAGAUAUUCUUCUUUUUUUCAAACUUUAUGAUGCUGAAAAAGAAGAAAUUCGGUAUGUGGGGAGACUCAUUGUGAAGGGUAGUGGUAAGCCUUUGGAAAUUCUUAAAAAGCUUAACGAUAUGGCUGGAUUCUCUCCAGAUGACGAAAUAGAACUCUAUGAGGAACUCGAGUUUAAGCCCACUGCUGUGUGUAAGCACAUAGACAAGAAGCUCACGUUUCACGCUAGUCGGCUUGAAAAUGGGGACAUUAUUUUCUUCCAGAAAUCAGCUUCAGCUGAUAGUAUAUACUGCUAUCCUGAUGUUCCUUGUUUUCUGAAGUAUGUUCGUAACCGUCAGGUUGUGCAUUUUAGAUCUUUGGAGAAGCCGGUGGAAGAUGAGUUUUGUUUAGAACUGUCAAAGGUAUUAUCAUAUGACGAUGUCACGGAAGGAGUAGCUCGCUAUCUAGGUUUGGAUGACCGAACCAAGAUCAGACUUACCCUUCAUGACUGCCACUCUCAGCAACCUCAACACCAGGCUAUUAGGUACCAAGGUGUUGGCAACUUGUAUCAGAUGUUGACUCACAACGGUCAGAAAUCUGAUACUUUGUAUUACGAAGUUCUUGACAUCCCUUUACCUGAGUUGGAAAGUUUGAGAACUCUAAAGGUUGCAUUCCGUCAUUCAACAACAAACGAGACGGUCCUUCAUAGUAUUACACUUCGGAAACAAAGUACAGUUGGUGACCUGAUUAAUGAUCUGAAGAUGAAGACAAAGGUUGAGCUGUCUCAUCCUGAUGCGGAACUUAGAUUGCUGGAUGUUGACUACCACAAGAUCUGGAAAAAUUAUCCGCUUAGUGAAAAGAUUGAGAGCAUUGCUCAAUACGUCAAGCUACGGGCAGAGGAGAUCUUAGAAGAGGAGAAGAACUUGGGUCCUCAGGAUCGCUUGAUUCAUGUUUAUCACUUCACAAAAGGUGCAUAUCAUAAGGAACAGUUUUUUGGAGAUCCAUUUUUAUUCGUCAUCCAUGAAGGAGAGACUUUAGAUGUAAUCAAAUUGCGCAUACAGAAGAAAUUGCAGGUUCCUGAUGAGGAAUUUGCGAAGUGGAAGUUCACAUUUCCCACAUGGUGCGGCCGACCUGAGUACCUUCAGGACUCAGAUAUAUUGUCCAGCUGUUUUCAGAGAUAUUUUGGUUAUGGAGCUCCGAAGCUGUACCUUGGCUUGGAGCAUUCUGAUAGUUCCCGGAAAAGAACAUAUGCGGCCAGUAAAGGUCUACAAAUACGGUAG